GACUGGUUGACUGCUUAUUGAAGGGGGAAAAACGAAGAAGACCACAGCGGCACAACCUCUCCCCCCGCGCCUCCGUCUCUCGCCACUGGCUUCAGAGAAGAAGAUUGCCGCCUCUUGCCACUUCUCACUGCCUCAGCCUCUCGCCGCUGGCUUCAGAAAAGAAGAGAGCCGCCUCCUCUCCAAAGCCUCUCUCCGCCGCCCUCUUCACCUCCUCUCGCCGCUGCCCUUUCUGAAGCUUGCCGCUGCAGGGCCGUCACCUACCACCGCCGCCCGCCGCUGCAUCCUCACUUUCUGCCGCCUCUCGCCACGGCCGCACAGCCCCUCCCUCUCUGCCGCCGCCGCUGCACAGCCUCCUCUUAGUGAAUCAUGUUACAGAUAAAAACUCCAAAAACCAGAAGGGGAAAGAGAGAGAUUGAGAAACGUGCUCCCAAACUUGUUGAGACAUUGAAAAAAACCUUAAUAUUGCAUGGUACAAGGACGAGCAACGUACUUAAUGCCAUAUUGACUGAAAUUUAUCAUCUUAAUAAGGAUAAUUCUGUUAAAUAUUCCCGGAAGAACGAUAAUAUCAGACCAUUCGAGAGUGGCGGUGAAACUUCUUUAGAGUUUUUCUCUCUCAAAACUGACUGCAGCCUUUUUGUGUUUGGCUCUCACUCAAAGAAGCGGCCCAACAAUCUUGUAAUAGGGCGGACCUAUGAUCACCACAUAUUUGAUCUUGUGGAGGUCGGUGUUGAGAGUUUCAAAAGCAUGAAGUCCUUCUCAUAUGAUAGAAAAUUAGCUCCUAAAAUUGGCUCAAAACCUUUCUUUGCUUUCAUUGGAGAAGGAUUUGAGAGUAUAGAUGAACUGAAGCAUUUGAAGGAAGUUUUGCUUGAUCUAUUCCAUGGAGAGGUUAUAUCGAAUUUAAACCUUGCUGGACUAGACCGUGUUUAUGUGUGUACAGUCUUGUCGUCAAAUAGGGUGUUCUUUACACAUUGUGCACUACGACUUAAAAAAUCAGGGACCAUAGUCCCAAGGGUGGAGCUUGUUGAAGUUGGCCCUUCCAUGGAUUUGAUAGUUCGGAGGCACCAUCUUCCUGAUGAAAGCCUAAGAAAAGAAGCUAUGAAGACAGCUUCCCAGUUAGCCAAGAAGAAGAAGGAGAAAAAUGUCAGCGGUGAUGCAAUUCAAGGAAAGAUUGGGAAGAUCUAUAUGCCAGACCAACAGGUUGGGGAGCAGGCUCUACCUAACAGAGCAAAAGGAUUGAAAAGGGAGCGCAGGGAAGCUAAGAUGAAAGGUGAAGCAAAGAAGCAGAAGCAGGAGGCUUAUUAGCAAUUUCUUUGAGGCCCCCUUAAUUAUACCUUACAACUCUUCUUCAGUUGUGGAAUUGAAGGAUUUAGGCAUGUGAUUUGAUUUUCAGUCUUAAUUAAUAUCCGAGCAUGCCAGCUAGGAUUGCACAAUUUUGGUAGUGAAAAUUGUUCAAUUUGGAUUUGGUUUACUUGAAAAGUUCUUGCGGGUUGCGUGGUCUGGUCUUUGUUUGGUCUCGGAUGGCUCAAACUUCUUGUAGUUACUUACUGAGACUCUAUUGCUGGACUAAAUAUCAUAAAUUCUUGUUUCUUCUUC